UUCGAUAAUUAAAAUCGUUACUCGCUGUGCUUAAGUCGCGCUGUGAACUUUUUAAAACUUUUGAGUUUUUUACAUUUUAUCUUAUUCUUUUUAAUAUAUUUAAUUUAUAUUUAACAAUUAGUUCAGUGAAGAUACAAAGUUUAUUUUAAAAAAUAAAUAAAAAAGUAAAGUGAUUUCAAGUGACAGUACUGUGGUCUUACAGUCAAAUUUAAAAAAACUUUCGUUUAAAAAUAAUAUUUUACUGUUCUCAUAUAUUUUUAUUUCUCUGUCGGUUCUCAAACUGAGUUUGCUUAGUCAGUUGUUACCAGUGGGCAAAUUAUAAAACGUGCUGGGUAAAUCAGCAAGGCUUCAAAGAAAUCGGAAGACUUUUGAACAAAAUGAAAUUUGACCAACCGGAUUUAUAAUUAUCUCCAAAGAUGUACAACGAGUGGCAAGUGGGUGAAUUAGUGUGGUUUGACCCAGGUGUCGGUCAUGUGCUACCAGGUGAGGUGUUGGAAUAUCACCGAGCUGCUAAUGUACUCUCAGUUCAGGCUGUCAUCGCUGGCAAGCCGCAAACUUUUACGCUUACAAACCUGACUGGAGUACGGCCUAGACAAGAUCUUGGACAGAAUGGAGUUGAGGAUAUGAUUCAAUUGAAUGAUUUAAAUGAAGCAUCUUUACUUUGGAAUCUUAAAAUACGAUAUGAUAAAGAGCUUAUCUAUACAUAUACCGGCAGUAUUCUCGUGGCCGUUAAUCCGUAUAAAAUGUUUGACAUUUAUGGGCUGGACCAAGUUAAAUUAUAUGAAGGAAGAAUCCUCGGUACUUUACCACCACAUCUUUUUGCCAUGGGUUCAUCAGCUUACAGUCAAGUUUCAGCCGCGAAUAAUUCAACCGCAAAUCAAGUCGUAGUAAUUUCCGGUGAAUCAGGAUCCGGUAAAACAGAAUCAACAAAAUUGGUAAUGCAAUAUCUAGCUGCUGUAAAUCGAGCACCGAGUAAUCUUGUUACCGAACAAAUUUUGGAAGCUGCACCACUUUUAGAAAGUUUCGGUAACGCCAAGACACCGCGCAAUAAUAAUAGUAGUCGAUUUGGAAAAUAUCUUGAAGUCCAUUUCAGAGACGGAGUGAUAGUUGGUGGGCGAGUAACGCAAUAUUUAUUAGAGAAGAGUAGAAUAGUAACACAGGCAUCAGACGAGAGAAACUAUCAUGUAUUUUACGAACUUCUCGCUGGCCUUGAUCAACAACUAAGAGACAAAUACGGUCUUCUUACUCCCGACAAGUAUUUUUACCUUAACCAGGGCGGGAGCUGUCAAAUUGACGGAAAAAAUGACACACAAGAUUUCAAAGCUCUGCUAUCAGCAAUGCAAGUUCUUGGAUUUACUUCCGAAGAACAAGACACUAUCUUUAGAAUUUUAGCUAGUGUUCUUCAUCUUGGUAACGUGUAUUUUCAUAGAAAGCAAAUGAGACACGGGCAAGAAGGAGUUGAAGUUGGUUCGGACGCUGAAAUACGUUGGGCUGCUCAUCUUCUUCAGAUAAAUGUCGACGGUAUAAUUCGGGCGCUCACGACAAAAACUACCGAAGCGAGAAAUGAAAGAGUGUUAACAGCUUUAAAUAUUGACCAAGCCUUAGACGCGCGAGAUGCCUUUGCAAAGGCUCUUUACAGUUCACUCUUUUCUUGGCUUGUCGCUCGUGUUAAUCAUAUUGUCUAUAAAGGAACGAAACAGACAUCAGCAAUAUCGAUUCUUGAUAUAUUUGGCUUUGAAAAUUUUACAGAGAAUAGUUUUGAACAAUUGUGUAUUAAUUACGCAAAUGAAAAUCUUCAUUUUUAUUUUAAUAAACAUAUAUUCAAAUUGGAACAGCAGGAGUAUGCGAAAGAAAAAAUUGAUUGGACGACCAUUAAUUAUACUGAUAAUCUGCCGGUAAUUCAUUUGAUUGCUAAAAAACCAGUAGGAAUUCUCCAUCUUCUCGAUGACGAGAGUAAUUUUCCAAAAGCUACCGAUCUAUCAUUCCUCGAAAAAUGUCACUACAAUCACGCCCUGAGUGAAUUAUACUCGCGACCGCGAAUGAAUUCAGCUGAAUUCGCAAUAAAACAUUACGCUGGUCAAGUCUGGUACAACGUCGACGGUUUUCUCGAUAAAAAUCGUGACACACUGAGAUCAGAUGUAGUCGAGCUUCUUAUCAGUAGUAAAAUUCAAAUGGUCAGUAAAAUGUUCCAACACGUAAGAUCUGCGCACGAGGCAAAUAAAACAGUUAAUAAACCAAACGGAAGAUUUGUCACAAUGAAACCAAGAACGCCUACUGUGUCAGCUCGUUUUCACGACAGUCUUCAGCAGCUAUUGGAGUCAAUGUCUCAAUGUAAUCCGUGGUUUGUACGUUGCAUUAAACCAAACAACGAUAAAUCCCCAAUGAAAUUCGACAUGCCUUGUGUUCUUGAACAACUUCGUUACACGGGAAUGUUGGAGACGAUACGAAUCAGAAAGACCGGUUACCCUGUACGUCUUCUCUUUGGUCAGUUUGUAGAUAGAUAUCGAUACUUGAUAUCAACGCGGUUACCUAGAGGCGCACCCAAUAAGGAACUUUGUCGCAUAAUCUUAGACAAAGCUGCUCCAGCAGACGCUCAUGAUCAAUAUCAAUUAGGUUUGACCCGCGUAUUUCUACGUGAAUCACUUGAAAGAAACCUGGAGUAUAAUCGGGCAUUAAUUCUCGAGCGUGCAGCCAUUACUGUUCAACGAUAUACACGAGGUUUUCUUGCACGACGAAGAUUCUUAAACAUAUCCCGCAGUACAGUAUUUCUUCAAGCUGUUUAUCGAGGGUAUCGUGAAAGAAAAAACUUCCGUGCUUUGAAAAAAGGUGCUAUAAUGGCACAAAAGUUAUAUCGCGGUAAAAAAGAACGAGAAAAUUUCAAAGUAUUGAAAGAAGAAAUGGCUAAACGCGCUGAAAUUGAAAGGGCAAGUAGAGAGCGCGCUAAAGCUAAACAACAACGAGAAGAACAGGAAAGAACUUCGAGAGCUGUUGCCGGUGUUAAUCAUCUUGAAAUUCCAGCGGAGCUGGCAUUUAUUUACAGUAAACUUGAUGAUUGGCAACCCGUACAUACCGAGAGGAAUUUAUUAAAAGUAGUUGGUUCAGUUACUCCACUUCCUAUAACUUACAGUCUGCCAUCAGAUAUUGAUCAACAUCAAUUUUCAAAAUUCACAAACAUAUAUUUCAAAAGUCAUAUUUUUGGUAUGAAACGUGAGCCAAUAAAAACACCUUUCUUGGCAAAAGCACGUGAUCAAGAUUACACAGACUCGUUGAUGAUAUUUAAGUUGAUUUUACGAUUUAUGAAUGAAAAUAAUCUCAGUGGUAAACGAGAACACGCCUUAGGAGAUUAUAUUGUCAACAAAGGAAUCGUAAACGAAAAAUUACGUGAUGAAAUACUUUGUCAGCUAGCAAAUCAAACAUGGAAAAAUGAUAAUGAUCCCAAUAAAGAACGUGGAUGGUUACUUUUAGCCAAUUGCUUAUCAGCAUUUCAGCCUAGUCCAACACUAUUCAAAUACUUUUUAAAAUAUGUCUCGGAUCAUGCGCAUAAUGGUUACAAGGCUUAUUGUCAACGCAAACUCUUGCAAGGCGAACGUACAGUGAUACGAAUAAUGAACAAUAAUCAAUUGACAGCUCAUCAUGUGCCUAGAAGUUAUCCGCCGUGUGUUCUUGAAUGGAGGGCAAAUAGAAAUCGAGUUAAUAUGGCUCUCAAUGUUGGAUUUUAUGAUGGUGAAACGACAACGUGCGCCAUUGAUUCUUGGACAACUUGUGAAGAAUUAGCAAACCUCGCAAUCCAAAAUCACGGAGUCGAUAAUUCCGGUUGGACAAUUACACUGUGGAAUCAAUUCGGAAGUCCAGAUACGAUGGUCACCGAGACAAAUGGCUUUGAUUAUGUACUUGAUUUAAUAUCAGAAAUGGAAUUAGCCCCGGCAUUCCCAGCAGCCAAGCAUAUGUUCCUCGAACAGCGAAAGAACAACUUCCCGCCAAUUAAAAAGAGAGAGCACACACAAGUCAUUCGUGAACUGGAACAAGACUUGGAUAUACCAGUGCCUGUAUUAAAGACCUUCCAGCCGUUGGAAAGAAAACCGGUGACGAAGGUGGUGGAUAAGCCUGUUGAACCGGAACUACAAACACCUAGACGACCAGCAGUACCUCCACCUCAGCCACCUGUAGUAAAAUCACCUUCAAGAAAGCAGUCCCACGAACCAGUUUUAGAGUCGUCAGGAGAAAUGGGACUAUCUAGACAAUCGGCCUUGAAUGAUCGUUACUUUGAGAAAGAAAAACAACGGAGUAGAAGUCUAGACAAUUUACUUCAAUCAGAAAUUGUUUCGCCGCCGAGUAAACUCACAAACUUGGGACUUUCUUCAUCGAAAUUAAAUGAAAGAUAUCACAGUCUUGAAAGAAUUGGUGAAGUAUCAGCAGUAUCUAAUUCUGAGUACAUGACCCGUUCUGAAGUAUCCCAGGAAAGAAAAUAUAGCAGAAUUGGAAGAACUACUGAGCCAAAUAUUGUUGAAGAAGAAGACUUGACAAUAGACUUUGAGUAUCCUGAUAUACAAUCAGUCAGCCAAACUGGAAGAUCUGAAGAUGAUAAGAGCAGUUACAUAAGAUCUCAAACGAGAUUUAUUAAGUCUCAGUAUCCAAGUAAACGAGCGUUGCCUGGUAGUCAGUCUAGUCGAGCGUACAUUGAAAAAAGUGAAUAUGGUGUUAAAUCAUCGGCUAUGUCCGACACCAGCGAAGCGCCAUCUCUGGCUUCACAUGUAAGGAGAGUAAGAGUUCCAAGUCAAGCUUCAGAUGUUGACCAAUUUUUGGAUGAAUUAUUCAUGCCAGUGUUGGAUGGUAAUUUGGAUGAACUGUCAGACGCAAGAAGUUUGGCCGCAAGUAUUAAGGGGACACACACAAAUGACAAUUCACAAAAUCCUGAAACACUUGAUGACUUCUUGGAUGCCAUUACUGAUGAUCUUGUCAUACAAGAAUUAUCAUCAGCUGAUUUAUCAGCCAAAAUUCGUGGUGGAGGAAAUAUGGAUAUUCCGAAUCAAAAUACUGCAUUUAAUUUUAGUCCGUUGUCACCAGGUAUGAUGUCACCUCCAAUGAUGAUGCCGAUGUUCUCACCACCACCCAGUGCAUCACAACAAUUGCCAACAGGACAGAAUUCAAAUUUAAAUAUGGGGUCAGGGUUUCUUCCAAUCCCAAUUUACAACAUGCAGGGACUUAAUUUACCUCAGUAUCCAAAUUCGCCACCAAAUCAAAGUGCUGAUAUGGUGGCAUAUCAACAAAAUCUUCAACGAGCCUUCUUACAAAGUGCUAUGGCACAAAAUCUUCAAAUUCAACAGCAACUAUUGGCUCAAAAUCAAGCAUUUCAACAGUUACUUGUACAGAAUGGUGUCCAACAACAGCCAUUAGGAUUUACUGAUAGUGAACAAACAAAUCGUGCCAUUUCUUCUCAACCAACGCCAAUAAGCCAACGUUUAGAAACAGUAACAGUUAAAGCUCAAGUUCAUCGUUCACAAAGUCCACCUAAAAAAAGUGGCCUUGAUUUGAAUAGAAAAACAAGCGUUGAAUAUUCAGCCCGUAAAAUAAGCGUUGAAAGAAAAAUAUCAGCAACACCGGAGUUGAAGCGAACAAGUUCGGGUCGAGGUAACAUUCAAAGUAACUUUACAAAUGUCUUGAGUGAAUUGAAAAAUCGUAAAAGCAGUACUGAGUGUAGUCCUGGAAUAAAUAAAGGAGUGCCACCACCACCUCCAAUGCCACCACCACUUGACGCUCAUGAUCCCUCGGAGUCCAGGCCAUUUUUGGAUCCCUAUGGACGCGCCAAAACUGUCCGCAUUGGAAAAUGGAGAUGGCCACCUCCUAGUGAUUCAAAUGAACAACAAAACCAGGACAGUUUUACUGAAUUUAAAAUGCGGCAGCAUCAACAGCAGCGUAAAAUAACUCCUCAGUAUCAGGAGUACAAUAAUACCAAUGGGAAUAUCAAUGGCGAGGGUUCGGUUGACUGGGAGGAAUUUGAAAUAGAAAAUGUUAUUGCGGAAACUAAAAUUGAAAGUCAUGCGACCAUUCAAACGGCUGUUAUUACAAAACAUGAAAAUCAUAAAGAAGAAGGGGAGAAAAAGAAGAAAAAAUCAAAAGCCGGUUACGAAGUCGGAGCUCAAAGACCAUCGCCAGGUAGUAUAGGCAAGUUAAAACUCAGCUCGGAGAUGCGCCAACGUUUAGAGAAAGUAACCGCAAAUCACAGUGUUCGUUCAACCAAGACCACUGAGAAGCCUGCAUUGCCUCGUGAAGAUGUAAAGGUCAAUCGGCUAGAGGACAAUCGAAAGCUCCUGCUCCAGCAACAGUUAGGCGGAAGAUGGGAUGAUUAUGCUUCCACAGCGGACGAUACUCAAAGCGUGACCUCUAAAGGUACAACUGAAAUGAUGACGCAGGUCCAUGUUGUGAGAACACAAAUUGAGAGAAUGGAAAAUCGGCCCGUACCUCCGCCGCCCCCCAUCUCACCUCCGCAGCCACCAAGUCCACGAGGUGGAAGUAUUUACAGUAACAGUCAAUCCGGUGUACCGCAACCACGUUCUCCACCGGCGCCUGUAGAACCUAAAAAUCGAGAUAACUUCCGCAAUUCACCUGACUCCGAUACUCACGAUCAUUUCUCUAAGAACCAGAACAUGUUUAGCCAAAGUAGAGAUAUUUUUGCUUCUCAAAAACAUUUACGUGAAGGUCAAGAUCACAGAGAGCAAAACUCAAAAGAUUAUUACGGCAAAGACAGUACUGAUGUCGCAAGUACGACCCGAGGAGAUCGAAGUAUUGAUUUUGAUUCUCGUCGCGAUAUUAAUUCCGAUAUUUUUGAUCCUAAAUACGCACGUGAUUUAUAUGACAAUUCUAAAAGAGAUUCUUUUGGUAUGAUGAGAGAUUUGUCACCGAAAUCACGUGAUAGUUUUGGAAUACCGUCGACACGAGAAUUUGGAGUCGUUCCUAAUACGAGAGAAUCAUUUGUUGUUGCGAGACAAAGCUUUAAAAAAUUAGACCAUGAUAUGGAAAGACGUUCUAGUAUAGCUUCGACUCAUCAAACUGACAAAUUGGAGAGAAUUGAAAUUGAAGAGUGGCCGGAAUUUCUCAAACCUGUUUUGCCGCCACCGGAAAAACCGGAAAUUGAAAAAGCACAAGAAAUUGUUGAUACUAAACUACACCCGCCGACUUCAAAUACGCACUUUACUUAUAAUCGGGUGUCAUGGACUCUGAGAGUUAAAAAAGAAGUCUUUGCACCCAAUGAAACACUUUCGAGUCCGUUGGCACUUCAUCUGGUGUUUUGUCAAGUCGCUUACGAUGUCCUGGCAACUUCCAGCAUCAGAAUCACUAAAGAAGAACGACACAAUAUGAUUAAAUUACUUGACAACUACGGAAUUACUCUAGAUAAUCUUCAAAGUACUCAACAUAAAAUUACGAUGAAGAAAAAUGUCGUCGAUAUGGCAAAACAAUGGCCUCUGUACUUUGCCCGGAUAUUUCCUGUAUCUAUCGGGCCACAGCAUCCGGAAGCUCAGCAUGUGGCAGUAUCUCAUCACGGUCUCAGAUUAAUUAAACGAACAUCAAACGGUGAAUUGGUUAUUCUUGAAACUCUACCCCUUGAAGACAUUGUCUCUGUUGGUUCUGCCAGAUCUGGAGUUUGUACUUUAACGAUCUCAUCAGGAGUCCGACUUCCUCUUCAUACAACUCGUGCUCCACAGCUCGCAGAAAUGAUCAGCAAUUUUAUUCGUGUGAAUGGACAGAAACCACAACACAAAUCAACUCAUCAUGAGAAUCACGUGUCACAGAUUACAAAAUCAAUCCAAUCACAAUCAAAUUACGGAAAUACGCAUGUAAAUCAUAAUAAUCAAAUUCACAAUCAAUCAAAUCACGUCAAUCGUGAAACAAAUCACUCACCAGUUAAUCGAGUUACGGGUGGUCAUACAUCACCGAUAAUUCAAACAAAUGGCGGGAAUAAUCAUCAAAAAAAUCAACGCAAUACUCAACAUCACAGUAACAGUCAAAAUCAAGAAUGGCGGCAACCACCCGAAGAGACAAAUAAUAAAUCACCUGAAGAAGGUUUUUAUGAGUGCGGACCAGUUGUUAAUGAUGGGAAGCAUUCAUUACUUCAAUAUGCCAUGUUAAAUUUCCGACAGAGCACUGAAAAAUUCGAGAUGAUGAAGACUGCUGAUGGAUCGAUAAGUGGCUCAUUGAAGGUUAUCGAGUCCUUAAAAAAUAAAAAGAAGAGUAAAAAGAACAAGGGACAGCAGGACGGCGCAGAAUGGACAUGGAAAGAACAGGUUGAUCUUGUUAAAUUUUCACCGGUACCUAUUGAGCAGAGUCUGCUGCGAUUGGAUACUGAGUUAAGUUCACUUGCUGUCGAGUGUUUCUUGUGUCUUAUGAGGUACAUGGGUGAUCAACCGUUACCCCCGGAUAUGAGUGAAGUCAAAUGUGUGUAUACGAUACUGAUGCAUUGCCACAAGUUUGAGCCACUGAGAGAUGAAGUCUUCUGUCAAUUAAUGAAACAAACGACCAACAAUAAAAGUCCAAAUCCCGAUAGCUGUCAACGCGGCUGGAGAUUGUUCAGUAUCGUCGCUGCUUACUUCACUUGCAGCGAAGGACUAAGACCAUAUUUGAUUAAAUAUUUAGAAACGGCGGCUUAUGAUAAGAGACGAGCAUAUCAUGGUACUGCGACAGUUUGCCUCCAGAAUUUAAGAAAAACAGUUAAAUAUGGCGGUAGAAAAAAUGUACCAAGUGUUGAAGAAAUAAUGGCUAUAAGUGCGGGACGAAAUGCUAAGAGACAAAUAUAUAGAUUACCUGGUGGUACUGAAAGAGUAAUAAAUACCAAGUGCACUACUGUUGUUCAAGAUGUCAUUGAAGAAAUGUGCAGCGUCAUAUCCGUGAGAAAUCCACACGAAAUGGAUGAAUUCUCAUUGUAUUGUAUUGUCGAUGGUGAUGCUUUCACGAUGCCACUCGCUAGAGAUGAGUAUGUCCUUGAUGUCACCACGGAAUUGCAAAAAAAUCAUCAAGUAUUUUAUUUGAUAUUCUGCAGAUCGGUCUGGUAUUAUCCGCUUCGACUAGACGCAGCUUUGUACAUAGAAGUAGUUUUUAAUCAAAUAGCACCAGAUUACUUGGAAGGACUAUUGCUAGUUAUUCCUGAUGAUCAUUUACCCCAGGAAGUUAUCUACGAUAUGGCUCAAAUAGCAGCUUUAUUACACCGGGCAGCUGAUAUGGCACACGAUCCAUCGACUAAAGAAAUAAAAUAUUUAUUACCAAAACCAGCGCUCAGUUUACGAGAACCUAAACCACAACAGUGGGGUAGUAUGGUCCAGCAGGCAUGGAAUAAUAUUCAGCACAAUACUUCUGCUGUUUGUAAAGCUCAAGUACUAGAAAUAUUAUCAAAGUGGCCGUUAUUUGGAUCAAGUUUCUUUGCUGUAAAAAGAAUACCUGAGAAUGGUAAAGAGAAAGGUGGAGAUCAUAUUCUAGCCCUCAAUAGACACGGUGUUCACUUCAUUGAUUUAAUGACACAUGUAACACUCUAUCAUUAUCCUUACUCUGAAGUAAUAUCGACUCGCAAAGUUAAAUCCGAAGAAGGCGCUCUCUACUUAGAUAUGAAAUGCGGUAAUUUAAUGCAGCAACGAAUAACAAGAUUACAAACGGAACAAGCGCAUGAAAUUUCACGCCUAAUCCGCCAGUAUAUCACAAUGGAACAACGAACAACCAACAAUCAAACAACCGGUAUGACAUACGGAUGGAAAUAAUUUAUAUUUAUUUUAAUAUUUGGUCACUACUAUUUUUAUUUUUUUAUCAAACGAUUUUUAAAAAUUAAGAAAAACAUUUUAAAUUUUAAAUAAAUGCUCAAUUAUAUCGGUUCUGUAAAUAAUAAUAAUAACAAGUAGAUAAAAAGUGGCAAUAAAAAAAGAGGAUAUGAUUACAUAAGUAAAAAUACUCUGCAUUUAAUAAUAAGUGUUACUUGUAGCUAAACUUUUAAGAUUUAAUUGUUGUUAUGCCCAAUUGUUGAUAACAUUCGGGCAUAAGUAACUCGAUAAUUAUAAUUUUAUAUCACUAGAUAAUAAGAGUCACUUUCUAAAAUAAUAAAACAAUAAUAUACAUAAAAAAUAUAAUACAUUUACUUGCUAAGUCCAUCUUAUAAGUCAUAAGUAAAUAAAUAAUUGUUGUUAUUAUUAAAAAUAUAAUUUUUUUAUCACAAAUUAUAUUAUUAUUGUUAACAUGAGAGUUAUUUUUUUUUUUUACAAUAACUCAAGUCGAUUUUAAAAGCGUUUAUUUAUUAAGUGUAUAAUAAUAAUAAUAAUUAACACCCAGCAAUAAAAUUAAUGGUGAAAAAAAAUAAAAACUUAAGUACUAAUAACACGAUAUAUAAAUAAAAGGUAUUAAUGUUGACUAACAAAUAAUAUUUUGUUAUGAACACAUUUAUAAUGAAAAGACUCAAAUUUUUGUAUUAAAGAAGUUAUACAUAUUAUAUAUAUAUUUUAAAAAUUAA